UAGAUAAAACCCUCUGCCAGAGAUGUAGCUGACAGUCUGCAGCAUUGCCUCCUCCUGGAAGGAUCAGACUCUUCCUGCACUUCUCUCUGGAGCAGCAGACUUGCCUCAAGGAGACAACAUGAGAAAGCAGACCUACAGUGAAACCUAGUCAUUUGGAGGAGGGAGAAAGAGAAGACAAUCCCAACAACUUCCUCAUUUUUAUAAAGUGCAAACGUUAAGGAGACAAGAGCAAUGGAAACAAAAAAGUGCAUGCCUGCUGAGCUUCAGCCUAGAAGAAGACAAAAUCUUCAGGAGAUGCUGACUGAAGUGGGGUUGUCUGUUGACUACUGGCUGCCUAAGUUUCAGGAAGACCUGGGUGUGACCUGUGCCCAGGCCUUACAGCACUUAGAAGAACAAGACCUCCAGAAGCUGAAGACCCAGACACAAUACACAUGGGAGAAAAAGGCUCUAAAGAAACUGUUUGACCUCUCGCAGACAAAUAGUGUUGCAGAGCUCCAGGAAAAUCUAGGGCAGAUGAUAAAGAAGAGGCAGAAGCAGGCAGAACAGGCACUGCAGGAACUGAGGGCCUUGCAGUCAGAAGGGAAGCACAGAGAGGAAGAGGAAGUGAGGAGGAAAGAAUCAGAGCUGAGGCAAGCAAUGGAGAUCCCUGAAGAGUGCUGGCCAGGGCCUGAAAUGCCCCUAAAAGACAUUACAGAAAUAAUGGAGAGACACCUCAGUCACAUAGAACAGACACUACCAAAUAGUCAAAAUUUCUCAGAUAGAGACUUGCUCAGAUUCAUAUCUGGUGGGCUGGCCCUGCAGGGAAUUUAUAAGACCUGUCACCAAAAGGACCUACUAACAAGGAGAGAAGAACUACUCAGGGUCCCCAAGGAACUGUUCCUCUUUGGACCUGAGCAAGGAAAACGAAUGGAAGCAAAAGAAUUUACAUCUUCUGAAGAAGAAUCUCUGUUCACUGACACUGUGGAGAAGUUCGGUUUCAGGUUAACACUGUCAAACAAAGCUGGAGGCUGGGGAUUUAAUUUGGAAGGUGGAAUGGAUAAAGUCAAGCAAGCCAAGUCCAAAGACAUCCACCAAUCCCAUUCUAAUCACUCUUAUUUCUGCUCAUUGAUGUUCAGCUACAACCCACUAGCCUCCUUCCACUUUUGCAAAGAUCAACUCCAGCUUUCCACCGCUGCUCUUGAGGAACUGAAAAUCAUUGAAGAUCAGCUGGAACACACAGAAGGACCAGACAGAUUCCUUGUAGUCAGGAAAAGGACUGAAAACUUCUUCAAAAGAUUUGGUUCUCAUGCUAAUCAAGGUCCUCUGCACCUUGGGGGAAUCUACUGCUGGAAGGCCAUUUCGGAGGGUUUCAGAAGUGAUCAGUUGGAUCAUGUGAAGCAGCAGAUAGCAGAGGCCUUGGAUAGUUACAUAAGAGGAAGCUACAGUGGCUUUGGAGUUGAAGUUGGUGGAAGGAUGACGACAUCAGAUGCUCACUCAGUAAGAUUCUACAAAAAUGAAACUAAUCAACAGCUCCAAAUCAAAGUCCAAUUAUCUGUGGCCCAGAUAGGUGGACCAGCAGAAGCUAAUGGAAUUGUUGAGUGGAUAACUGGCCUUUGUGCCAGCAACAAAACCUGGUGUGUCAUUGACCAAGAACUUCAACUGGUGCCCGUUUGGAACAUCAUCCUAUAUAACCACAGAAGCAAUUUUAAUGACCCCUUUCUGGUGGCUAGCUGCCUGGCAGACAAUUACUCUGCUCUGACAGGCCUCGAUGCCCAUAUCCAGGCUAAAGAGGAGUUGCUGAGCUCCAUAGGAAAAGCAGAAUAUUUCCUGGAUGAUGUGAAAUCCUGGGUGGUCUCUGACCCUGAACAAAAUCUUAACAACCUGAUGGAUUUUAUGCAAGCAUUGGCUCACAACACAAAAGGUUAUGAUGUUUGGAUUAAUACAUGCCUCACAAAUUGUAAUCUACAGAAUUUUCUCAUAAGCACUGUCAACUUUUGCAGAAGUUCUUACAUUAAAAAAUCUCAGUUUAUUAAAUCUCAGUUUCGCAGUCUUCUAGAACCUCAUGUCUACAAAGUGAAAAACUUUCCUCAGGUGAAGUCGAUCAUGCAGUGGAUCUAUCAGACAGAGUCAGAGGAAAAGCAAGUUAAAAUCACUGAACUGUCUGAAUUUUUAAAAAUUAUAAAAGAAAUCCAAAAAUCUCUUGCAGAAGAAAACAUCACAUCUGAGUCCCCAGAAACAGUGGAAGAGGCUCAAAGAAAGGCUACCUGUGAGGUCACCACAGCUCUUAGCUCCUUCUUGAACCAUCUCAGAGAAGCAGAGCAGCCAGACAUGCAGCUGCUACUACUCUGCAUUGCAGCUGGUGCAGGCUAUCAGCUGGAAAGCAAUGUUUUCCAGCCUCUCCUGGGGUGCACUGAGUUAAAUUUUCUCCUGGAAGAAAUACAAACUGUCCAACACAGGUAUCAGGAGCUAAAAACUAUCUGCACUGACAGGGCACAGGCAUUCCUAGUGCUCAAAGCUCUGACAGCCACAGCUGGACUCUCGGUCAUUUCUCCACAAGAAAACGCACAGCGCUUGGCAUUAACAAGGCAACAUAUGGAGCACUUACUGUCUACAAAAGUUGCAAAUGCCCUCACAGAAUUUGAAACAGAUCAUGAUUGGGAGAAUCUAGAGAAUAAUUUGAGAUUACUCAUUGAUGGAAACUAUGAAGACACCAUCACAUCUUUGCAGAUGGAUGAUGUGAAAAAUCAAUUGCAAAGUCUCCUGAAUGAAAGGAAAGAAACUUAUGAACAACAAAAUGAUGAUAACAAUGAAAAAGAGGUGAUAGGAAAAGGACCUUUCCUAGACUUACUCCAGCGUCUGGGUCUAGAACAUCACUACCCAAAAAGGAUGAGCAGAGCUGACUUCCACCUGAUCUAUAAGACUUCUGUGUAUAAUACGCAGCCACAAUCUGAACAGGAACUUCCCCUCUAUUUCCUACAAAAGCUACUGAUGCUAGAUUGUGGGUUCAGACAUCUGGUCUUCAAAAAUGAUGGAAAUGCAGAAAACCAAGACUCUGUAGGUUCCUCCAAUCAGGAAAAUGAUGUUGUUGAUCCAUACGAAGAGCUGUUUGAUGAUACUGAUGAAGUCAUUAAUUCUUCACCCACUGAGUCCCGGCCCCCCAUUCACCCAAUGGACAUCCAGAUGGCCAUUUUUCACUGUGCAGAUGAUCUUGCCAGGCAAUACAUUUUGUCCAAGCUUUCCAUUUGUCAAUUUGCACUCCCCAUUGUGGUACCAAAUCCCAACACUUCUCAGAUUCAAUUCUCUCUCUGGUCUCUCAGACAAAUCAGGAGAAGUUGGCAAGAGUCAAGUAAAUCACCACAGGACAAGAGCUACAGUCACAGGAAUCGGCAGAUGUGCUGUGUCUCUACCCCCAUAGUGUCCUUCAUUAGAGUUGGAAAAGGCUUCUCUGCUUCCAAAUCUCAGAUCAUGAACUCUCUCCUAAGUAGACAUAAACACGAUUUGUUUUUUCACAGACACUGCAAAGGAAGUAGCAAAGACUGUCUCUUGAUGGAGGGAGUGGUGGAGAUCUGCUGGUUCUUUCCUGGGGGUCAAGAUGAGGACAGAUUUGACAAAUGUGUGGCCUUCACCAAUCUUCAUGGAGAUGCCAAAGAACAUAGACAACAACUCAGCUUCCUGCAGGAUGUCUCUUCUCUCUUUGUGAUCCUCAUGUCAGCUUCAGAAAAUGAUAAAGAAAACAAAAACCUAGUCAGACACCUGUGGCAGUCAUUAAAACCUGUGAUCUGUUUGAUUGAUGACAAAGAAAAAUUCAUGACUAAUAAUUCAGGCAGAAGGGUGAGGAUUGGCAUUAAGAAUAGAAAUGAGGCAGAAUUAACAGAAGAACUCAUGACUACCAUUAAACAGUUACUAGAAAUCUCUGGCACAGCUCUCAGCAUAGAAGACUGUUCACAGGUGGCUCAAAAACUAGGAUUCAUGAUUGAUGAAGAUCAAAGAAAAUUGAAGGAAGCCAAAAAAACCGCACAAGUUUGGGAAGGCCUGAAACAAUUUAGAGUAUCUCAGAUAAAAGAAAUCUGCCUGCCUCUUCAGGGACAACUGUGGCACCGCUGGUGUAAGAAGGACAAAGAACUCUAUCAUCUGCAAGAAAAAGGGAAUAGGAGCAUUGAACAACACAAGAGUGAAAUUCAGACAGAAAAACAAAAAAUACGACGGCAGCAAUUUAAAAAGGCCUUCCCUCUCAAUGGUUUUAUGCAAUCUGUCCUACAAAUUCUCAAAGAAAACUCAGAAAAUGAUCCCAAACUCUACUUCUUAUACUGGUUAAGUGUGGUUUUGGAAAAUCUAACCAUGGAACAUUUGGAGAGUUUACAUGAAAAACAGAAAAACUUGUGGUCACAGGUACAGGCAGAAAAGCAAAAAGCACAGAAUACCUUCCUGACACCCAUACAGAAGCAGGUAGACGACAUCUCUACUGAGAUUAUUAACAGCACUUUUGAAAUUAAGCACAUUCUCCGAGAACUUGGCCAGCUCUAUGAAGCUCUAGAAGAAACUUCCUCCCCCAGAGAUAUUCUUCCUCUCUGCCUCCCCCAGAUUGCUGCAGACCUGAUGGUAGCUGGUGUUCCCAUUGAGCUGAUGGAUGGGGAUGCUUCAUAUGUGCCUCUAAGGUGGGUGACAGCUGUUUUUGACAAGAUCUCAGAAAAAGUUGGAGACAAAAGGCUUUUUGUUCUCUCUGUCCUUGGCCUACAGAGCUCGGGGAAAUCCACCCUACUGAAUGCACUGUUUGGUCUCCAGUUUAAAGUCAGCGCAGGAAGGUGCACCAAGGGGGCCUACAUGCAGCUCCUGAAGGUGGAAGAGACAUUCACAGAAGAACUUGGCUUUGAUUUUAUUCUUGUUGUAGACACAGAAGGACUUCGGGCUCCAGAACUCAACAAAACAUCCCAGAAUUGGGACAAUGAGUUGGCAACAUUUGUCACUGGCCUUGGAAACUUGACUCUGAUCAAUAUUUUUGGGGAGAAUCCAUCUGAGAUGCAGGAUAUCCUACAAAUUGUUGUCCAGGCCUUUCUGAGGAUGAAACAAGUGAAAAUCUCCCCCAGUUGCAUCUUUGUCCAUCAGAAUGUGGGAGAAGUUACAGCUAAAGACCAAACUGUGGAAGGCCGAAGGAGACUGGAGCAGAGACUGGAUGAGAUGACAGCAUUAGCUGCCGAACAGGAAGAGUGCUCAAACAUAAGCCGCUUCAGCGAUGUAAUUAAAUUUGAUGUGAAUAAGCAUGUCUACUAUUUUGCUCACCUCUGGGAUGGUAAUCCCCCAAUGGCCCCUCCCAAUCCUCGCUAUAGCCACAAUGUCCAGGAACUGAAAAGUGGGAUUCUUAGGACUGCCCAACAGGAAACCAAGGGAAAGAUCAUGAAGAUCUCAGAUGUAAAAUUCCGAAUUCAGGAUUUGUGGAAAGCCCUGGUCAGUGAGAACUUCAUUUUCAGUUUCAGAAACACCCUAGAGGUCAUAGCCAUGAGUAAACUGGAAACCAUGUAUAACCACUGGACCUGGGAGCUGAGGAGCUAUGUACUUGACUUACAGAAUCAGUUGAACAAUCAGAUUCAGAAUGAGAAAAUCCUGACACUCACAAGUAAUGCAUUAGAACAUCCAGUUCACAAGAAAUAUGAAACCAUCAAGCAAGAAUUUGACAAGUAUUUUAAAGAAGACCCAGAUAGUGAAACUUUGAUUCAAUGGAAAGCAAAAUUUGAAAAUAAGCUAUUAUUUCUUAAAGAUGCACUUAUUUCAGAUACCAGAAAGAAAUGUGAUGUGCUUAUCAGUCUUAAACAAAGCCAAGAAACACUCAAUAACCAAAAGUCACAAUAUGAAAAUGAACUGUUAGAGAGAAGCAGAGAGUUGGCUUUGAGUGUGAAGGGUAAAGAAUUAAGUGAUGAAGAGUUGCAUGAGAAAUUCGAUCAACUUUGGAGAAGUUGGAUCUACAAAGUUUCUUUGACUGUACCUCUUGUCAAACAGCCUGACAUUGUUUGGGAUGCUGAAAAUAUCCUUCUGGAGCAUUUCAAAAAGGAGAAAAACAUUGCAGAAAGACUUAAAAAGAACUCUGGAGAAAUGUUUGAAAUCAAUUAUGACAAACAUGUCCAAAUGAAACGAAAAUUUCUUGUAGCUCGAAGGAGUUUAGAGUCCUGUCAUAAAGAGUCCAUUAAUAAAACUACUAAUAACAUUUAUUUAAGAUUUCAUGAAACAAUUAAAAACAUUUGGAAGCAAAAGCGUGAUUACAGUCAGAGUGAUUUUCAUGAAAUCUUGAGUAUAAUAGAAAAAGAACUGAAAUCUGUUCCCCCUGAGGAAGACUACACAUUUACCAGAGAGUACAGCAUUGACUUAUCCUCCUGCUUGUUUCAUAAAGCCUCAAAGAGUUUCAGAGAAAUCCAUAUGACAUUCAAGAGAGCAAAUGAUCCUGUGAACUAUCUGGAGAGCAAGAAAGACAAUUUCUUCAUGAGUUUUAAGAUCUCCUGCCAAGGUGCCACCUCCAUCACAUCUUUUGUGGACUUCCUGUGGCUCAAGCUCACUCGUGCUGUCUCUGCCACUAUAUGGGAGAAAAUGGGCCUUAAAGUAGCUGGGGACAUGAGAGCCACCUGCCCUGCAUUCAAUGGAAACAGGGCUAACCUGGAGAAACAUGUUCUCAUUUCUCUGGCAGAAAAGGAAAACUUUGAUAAGUAUUGGCAAUACAUUCAUUAUCCAGAAUUCUUUUUCAGGGAUUACAUUAGAGACCACAUUACAAGAUACUGUUCAGAGAAAGGUGAAAGAAUAAAGACAUUUUUAGAAAUAAGUUUAGGGGACAUAAAGAAUGCCAUCCUCUCUGCCAUUCAUAAGACCACAGAAGUAGCAAAUGAUAGCAGUACUGCUUCUCGCUGGUUGGAUUUGUUCUGUGAUCAUCUAGGGAGCCACCUGAUCUUUCCAAGAAGAGACCUGAUAAGCAUCGAGCACCAGGAGUUAAAGGACACUGAGUUUCUCAAAGAAGCCAUGAGUGCAGCUUUGGAUCCCGCACUGAGGAAAGUCAAAGAUGACUGCUCAAGUAAGCCCAUAGAUGAAAUGGUUCCUGACAUUGAGAAAAUUCUCUCUGAUCAUCUCUGUGGCUGCUGGAAGCAGUGUCCUUUUUGUAAAGCAAUUUGUACCAACACCAUUCCUGAACAUGAUGGAGACCACAGUGUGCCAUUCCACCGUCCUCAGGCUGUCAAUGGAUGGCAUUAUCAUAAAACAGACUACUUUACCAUUGAGUGCUGUACUACUUCUGUAGCAAGUGAUCGUUCAUUUAUUUUACAUGACCUCCGGACGUUCCCAUACAAGAAAUAUCGAGCAGCAGGAGGUGAUUUUGCCACGUGGAGCAUCACCCCAGACUCAACUACCCAGCCAUAUUGGAAAUGGUUUGUCUGUCACUUCAGAUCAGAGCUAGAAGAGAAAUACAAAAAAAAAUUUUCAAAGUUAGGUACUAUUCCAGAUUCAUGGACCAGAAUCACAAAGAGAGAAGUACUUGAUGACUUGAAAAAUUAGAAAUUGCCACAAACAGAACACUAGCACUGCCACACAAAUUUCACAUUAGUCAAAUGCCUAAUAGCAAUUAAGAUAGCCUCUUCAAGGUUCUACCUUUAAAAUGAAAUAAACAUUUCAAUAUUUGAAGAUUUUCCUCUAAAAUAAACUUUUUCUCCUUUGAUUUCUUCUGCUAAAACAUGUGCUAAACAUGAGAAUGUAUGAUAAAAUCAGUAUUCAUUCAAAAGCCUCUUUCAUACUUGAUUAUUUCUAAUAUUUGCUUAAAUAUUUAGUGACUCAGGAAAAGUUGUUUUAUUAGAAGAAGAAGCUAGUAUUUCUGGAUUUGACAGAGUCCUUUAGAGCAACUGAGUGAGAAACUCAACGAGCAAAUACAUCUGGGGAAAUGCUACAAUCUUUCUUAAAUUAGUUUAAAUAGAUGUUUUCACCCACCCUAGUUAUGAGAAAACCUUGCUGACUUUCAUUGUAUCAACCUUUAUUAAUUAUUAAGGAUGCCAAAGUAGAGCAAUUUAAAUAGCCUCUGUUCUGGGGGGAAAAAUUAACAUUUGCUCAGAACAAAGCUAUGGAUUUAGGAAAGAUUUUCACACAAAUAAGGGGAAAAUAAAAAAAAUAUUUUUCAUAUUAUAUUAUUACUGUUUUUCCAUUAUAUCUUUGUAUAUUUCUGUUGAUCAUUGAAAAACAAAGACAAAUCACAAAUAUUAGUAUUGAAACCUGAAGUACAUAGCUACAAACUCUAUAACCUGUAACAGUGACACGCCUGCAAGUUAUACAACU